AUGCGGAGCCCGGGCGGGAUCCUGCUCCAGGCACUGCCCCGGCUGCUGCAGCACGCCGCCCUCCCGGGCCUCGCCGAGCUGCCCGCCCGCUGGGCCCUGCCGCGGGGUACGGGCGGGGACGGCCUGGCGGACCGCCUUCCCCGCGGGGGCGGGGCGAGCGCGGCGGCGGCAGCAGCGGCGGCCUCGGGCGCCCUGCUCGGCGCCUGUCUGGAGCGCCACGGUCCGCCCGAGGCUUCGGAGCUGCCGGAGCCGGGCGGGGCCUUGGCGGGCGGCCCUGGGAGUGGCGGCGGCGGCUUGGUGGUCGGCGUGGCCGAGGUGAGAAACUGGCGCUGCUGCUGCCUCGGCAGCACCUGUUGGUGCCGGAGCCUCGUGCUGGUCUGCGUGUUGGCCGCCCUGUGCUUCGCUUCCCUGGCCCUGGUCCGCCGCUACCUUCAGCACCUCCUGCUGUGGGUGGAGAGCCUUGACUCGCUGCUGGGGGUCCUGCUCUUCGUCGUGGGCUUCAUCGUGGUCUCUUUCCCCUGUGGCUGGGGCUACAUCGUGCUCAACGUGGCCGCUGGCUACCUGUACGGCUUCGUGCUGGGCAUGGGUCUGAUGAUGGUGGGCGUACUCAUCGGCACCUUCAUCGCCCAUGUGGUCUGCAAGCGGCUCCUCACCGCCUGGGUGGCCGCCAGGAUCCAGAGCAGCGAGAAGCUGAGCGCGGUUAUUCGCGUCGUGGAGGGAGGAAGCGGCCUGAAAGUGGUGGCGCUGGCCAGACUGACACCCAUACCUUUUGGGCUUCAGAAUGCAGUGUUUUCGAUUACUGAUCUCUCAUUACCCAGCUAUCUGAUGGCAUCUUCGGUUGGACUGCUUCCUACCCAGCUUCUGAAUUCUUACUUGGGUACCACCCUGCGGACAAUGGAAGAUGUCAUUGCAGAACAGAGUGUUAGUGGAUAUUUUGUUUUUUGUUUACAGAUUAUUAUAAGUAUAGGCCUCAUGUUUUAUGUAGUUCAUCGAGCUCAAGUGGAAUUGAAUGCAGCUAUUGUAGCUUGUGAAAUGGAACUGAAAUCCUCUCUGGUUAAAGGCAAUCAACCAAAUACCAGUGGCUCUUCAUUCUACAACAAGAGGACCCUAACAUUUUCUGGAGGUGGAAUCAAUGUUGUAUGAUUCUAAUGAGAUAUGUGAUUGUCAAGAGCCUAGUGUGCUAUCUAAGGUCUAGCAGUCACUUCACUAGUGGGCAGAGACAAGUUCUAAUUGUAUUAUGGCACAAACAAAACUGACUAGUUUUUAAAUUGCACAAUUUUUUUUUUUAAAGCAAGAAUCAUUUCUGGAUAUGUAAGUGUAAAUGUAGAUGCAAAUUUGGCUGCACCUCUUUAUCAUGCCUGUAUUGGCCUAUAGGUCUGCACUUUAGUGUUUUUUAAUUGUUUUAUUUCUGGGUAUUUACGAACAGAGAAAUAACCCAAAUAUUAUUUCUGCUUAGUGUCUUUAUUUAUAAAGGCCAUGAGUAGUUUGUAUGCAUCUUUCCUACUUGUAAAGAUGAGUAAAAGUAUGCAGUUUUAAAUGUAUAAUAUUAUUGGAUGUUCUUUGCUUUGGUAGUCUUUCCAGAAAGGAUAAACAGUGGUUUUUGUUUUGUUUUGUUUUAUUGUUUAAGUGGGACCACUUAGCUUCCCGUUUCCUUACUAAUUAAAGAACAGACAUUAAUUUUCAGUCGAAUGUAUUUUUGCAGGCAUCAUUGUUACAGGGCCAUUUACACCUAUUCAGAAAGCUUAAAUCCUACCUUGUGGGACUGAAGUGCUCUUAAGAUAACUGUUUAUUUUCACUGUGUAAUAUGCAAAGCAAAAGGGAAAUUAUUUGGUGGAUGGUAGCUCAAAAUUAGAACUCUUGUUCUAAUUCAGUUACGUUGGCUUUACCCUCCUUAGAUUUUUCAUCAAAGGGCUGUCCCAUUGCAAUCUUACUAAAACAUUUUGUUAAAAUAAACUUUUUUCCUUUUUAUAUUAAUAAUUAGGCUUUUAAAUAAAGAUGUUAUUCCUUUAAAAUGGUGGGCUUACCAUCAUUGAAGAUGUCACUCAGGUGGCCUUGUUUGAUCAAAACGCCUUUUUUAAAAACCAAGCUUUAAAAACAUGUUUAUAAUUUCAUGAAGUACAUAUAUAUUGUUCCCAUAGUCUUCAGCUUUAAAACUAUAAAUAUGAUAUUAAGUUAAUGCCCAAAUUUGUGUUAUUUGCCCUACUUUAAGUAGGUCUAUUUUGUUUGUUUUUUCAGUACUUGUUUUUCUCUGAUAAGACUCAGGAAUUCUGAAAUGUGAAAUUGUCUCAAUUCUUUCUCUUGUAGCAUGAAUCAAUUGUAUUUACUAAUAGCACUUAUGACUAUAGAAUAUAAUUUGGCAUAUGAUUCAUAUUACAUAUGUAUUCAUUUUAUUUUUAAAAUAGUUUAUAAACUUAAUGAAUUUUUUUUACAAAUGAGAUUAUAGAUAUUAAUGCAAAUUUUCUGAUAGGUAUCUCUUUUUUUGCUAUGACGAUUCCAACUUAUCAGAGACCUCCCAUUUGCCUUUUCAUUAUGGUGAAAGCUUUGUCCUCAUCUACUAAAGUACAAAGGAAUUCUUUGGAAGCCGAGUAUUCUAGUGUUACGCUAGAGAUGAAUUUGAUCAUUUUAAUGUGUGAUCUUUUUGCUCUAUCAGGUAUAAUUGUUUUCUUUUCCUUUCCUUUAUAAUGUGUAAGUUUUCUCCCUUUUGAGUAACAGUAAAGUUCAUUUAUAUGUCCAUACCUAGAAGACCAGUGCAAAUACUUUGAGAGCACCUGGGUCUACAGGACAUAAUUGGUCUCUAAAUCCUCAUUUCUUGCUAUUACUGGGAAAAUAGAUAUAGUAUUGGAAUACCCUUAUUCUUUUUGAAUCCUAAUUACUCAUUUCAUUUUUUUUUCUCUCUUUUGAAUCCUAGUUGCUGGUUUUUGUUUAAUGAUUUUAGUUUAACAAUCCCAACCAACAAUACAUUUGAUUUAUUUUUUUCUGUGUAACCUGACAACCUUUUUCUUGUGCUUCUUGUUUGUUGGUUAGUUUUUGUGAAAGGAAUCAUUAUUUAAGAUCACUGUUUUCAUACUUGUUUUAUACUUCAUGUAUUUUGAAGUGCAUUUAUUUACUUAGCAUUUGUGACUUGAAUAAUUUCACCAAAUGAAUACAUUUUGGUAGUUUGUAAUGAGUUCUUCUAAUUGUUACACUUUGCUUGGUACUUAUAAAUAUGUAAAGGUAAAAGAAAUAAUUUUCUGUAUUCUGCCAAUCUUAAUUUUAUAUAAUAAAUCAUCCUUUUUUUCUUAAAA